CCGCUGCUGCAGCAGAAGCAGUGCUGCGCCCAACCGUGGGCGCACGCACGCACGCACGUGCCCGCACCCCCCCACACUCCCGCAACCACACGCUCACACUGGGUGGGGUCAAGGGGAGCAGCGUGCGCCAUCAUGAGGGGGAGGAAGCCACGGCUGCAGCCGCUGCUGCGCCAGAAGCAGCGCUGCGCCCAACCGCCCUUCGUGAGGCCCUCGUCGCUCCCCACCAUCGCCAUCACCGCCACCACGCCCAUCACCGCCACCCUCUCAACCAACCCCCUGCCAUCGCUCCUCGCCAUCACUCGCCGCCUCCCUCUCGCCUCCCCAACCCCUCCCGCCGCUUUCAACGGCCUCCUCGCCAUCCGCAUUGCACAGAAUGGCGGCCUCCCCACUCGCACCAGCGCUCGCUCAGGUGGCGGCAGCUAUGGCGCUAUAGAGGGCGGGGGAUGGGCGGGGCCUUCGCUGGGAGACUCUCCGCCCUGCCAAAGCGAGGGGCAAGGAAGGGCGAGAGGGGGGGAGUCAUGA